CGAGAAAGAAGAAGCAUAGCUGCAAUUUUAGUCUCCUGUAUGUGCGAUUUCAAUGCAUUUAGAAUUUAGCAAUGAAUAAAUGUCCUCGCUGCAACUGCGAUGCUACAGGACAGAAUCGCCUCGUCACCGACAGCUGUGGACACACCAAGUGUCGUCUCUGCCUGGUGGCGGAUGUAUCGGAUUGCCUGGAAUGUCGAGUUGCACGAAGUGUCGAUAUCCAGGAGACACAGGAAACGCAAGCAAGGACGUCGGCUGAUAAGCGAAUAAUUGUCACAGAUAAGGGCUACCACUGUACCGUCUGCAAUAAGGAUUUUCGCAGCCGGACCCAGCAGUAUUACCACCUCACCUGCGGCAACGAUCUUCUCAAGAAGUUCAACUGCAAGGAGUGCGGACGCAGAUUUGCUACCAGUUCACAUUUAAAGUACCAUCUAAUGAGCCAUGAGAAACAAUCAAAACACUCGUGCAGCGUCUGCCACAAAAGUUUCAAGCAACCAAUUGUUCUACAGCGCCACAUGCUUACCCACAACCAGGAGAAGCAUUUGUGCCCAAUCUGCCAGAAGGUUUUCCGCCGCAAGAGCUCUCUUGCCAGCCACCUGGCGAUCCACAGCGAUCUCGGCCUGCAAUUUAAAUGCGAGCUCUGCUCUAAGCAUUUCCAGAACAAGGCCAAUUUGAACCAGCAUCUGCGGAAACACGACAAGAACAAUAUUCGGCACAUGUGUAAAGUGUGCCAGAAGUCCUUUCUGCGACAAACCACGCUUCGGCUGCACAUGAAGCGCCACUCAAAUCGCGAACGUCAGUCCUGUUCCCUGUGCGGCAAAAGCUACAAUGAUCCGGAUGCUCUGGGCCGACAUUUAAGACAACACAAGACUGCCGAACGCUACCGCUGUAUCCAAUGUGACAUCACUAUCAACCGAAAGGACAACAUGCUGCGACAUCUGCGAUCCAUGCACCCUGGUUGUGCGUUUGCCAGUACUGUUGAAAUGGUUACACCGAGGUCCAGUGCUCAGGAGGCCACGACGGCGGAAGAAAGACCAUCUCAGACUGUAAGAUACAACAGUGUGAUCCAGAGUGUGGGCAACGUUGAGCCAGUGAUGUUGCUGCAAUCUACGCCACUGCCAUCUCAACUCCCUGAACUGCAGAUGGAGAAAGGGAAAGCUGUCCCAGAGCAUCUGCCUCUGCCAGAUGUAAUGCCAGAGGAGAAUGUCCAGCUGUAUCGCAAGAUCAUCUUGGAUCUGGACAACGAGGAAUACUCUAGCGAACCUAGCCCCGAUGCCCAAGAACCAGCCAUGCAACAUCACCAGCCGCGUGUCCCGGGGCAAGGUAGCUCCAAAUUUAGCGAGAUGCACUGGCGCAAGAAUUUCAAAUAUUGGUACCAAAAAGAAGAAAACACAAAGUGACGAUAUGAUCUCUAAUGAGUUGGCCCUUUUUCAAAGGGGUCCUCUAAUUUAUUAGAGAUCAGUCAGGUGCUGCGAACCGAAGCGAACCGCAGCAAUCUUGUUGGCCGCUAGCCAUAUUUCCGCGUGCCGGCGUCACUGCCAAGUUCACCGGCCAUCGGAAGCAGCAAGACCGCUUAAUUUGCAACUAACAGUAUUCAAUAUGAUGGACGAGCAAUCGGAACUCGAGACACUGCGUGAAAUUUAUUACCUAACUGAUGAUGCGUCGUGCAACUGGCGCAAGUUGCUUGUCCUGGGCGACUGCCUGGACCAACAGCUCAAGCGCAAGCUGCUCUGGAUGUGGCCGACAUCGGUGGACUUGGACUACUUUAAUCAGCUGCUAGCCAUGCACGACAUCCAGCGAGUUUUGAGCAUCGGCUGCGGCAGUGGGCUUUUGGAAUGGCUUAUGACAGUGUCUGGAGGUCGGAAAGUCCCCAUGUUUGGCUUGGAGGUCGAUCGCAACUGGUGGCAGAGCAAGUACUCCGUUCGAAGUUUUAUACCGCUUAACUAUUUAGAGGAUGCCAGCCAACUGGAUACGGAUUUAUUGACCAAAUGCUGCAGUGACGUUCAUCCGUGUGCCUUGCUCUUCUGCUACUUCAACAAUCGAGGAGCUUUUCUGGACUAUCUAAAUGUGUAUCAAGGAAAGUGGCUUAUAUUGAUUGGACCAUUGCCCGCCCUGGGAAUCCACACAGAUCCCAAUCCCGCCCAGCCCCAACUGCCCAUCGACCAGUGGAUCCUGCGAGAACGCCUUAACUGGACUGACCACAACAUUGUGGCAUUCUACGAAAAGAUAGCCUAGUCUAGUCUGUAGUAUCUCUAUAAUUGUAGUAAUAAACCAUUGCCUUACAUCCU